UUUAUGACAAACAAUUUCAAUCAAUAGCAUUCACAUCUUCAACUUGUGUCUUUUUUCUUCUUCUUGUGGAUUGAAAAGGGGGUUCAAUUCAAACAAACACCCCAUGUUUAUUGCUUUGAGCGGGAUUUCACCAUGAAGGACUAAGGAACCCACACCACAUUUUGUGUUUUCAAGUGGCAGCUCUGUCUUUACUGUUGUCUCACUCCUCUGAUCACCACUAAAUUAAUAAUGAGUUACAGACAAGAGUUAAAUAGUCUUGACAAAGACCCAACGUACAGACCGAUGAUGGUGACUAAAUAAACGAGGGGAGAGACAGAAGAAACAGAAGAAGGGAAGGAGGAAGACACGCUCUGAUCUCCGCAUUGCCACGGCAACCGUUGUUCACACACACGGAGUUGUCAGAGGAAACCUCGUCGCGCUGUAUCAUCCAGUGGAAGAAGACGGGAGGAUGAGUCAGACGUCAAGAGACGAUUGAGAGAGCGCCUCGCCCCUCUCCAUCUCUUUCUCCAUUCGUCAUUUCUCAAUUUAUUUUUUGAGUUCUCCUUACACACUCAAACUUGACACACGCACACUUGUUCAAUCCCGGUGCUCAUCCCCCACUCCAUAAGCCCUCUUCACGUCUACUCCUCUCUGCACGGCUUCAUCUGUUCAUCCUUCCCUCCAUCCGGUGCUAUGAGAGGAGUAGUUGGGUCUCAGACCACACCACCAUGCCAGUUCUGAAGAGUAGAGAGGAGAUCUGGGCUGGCAAUGUACAAGGUACUGCAUUUACACUCCUCCACGAUGCUUGUCAGCCUCCUCUCCCCCUCCCCACUCCAGGACAGGCGCGUCACCUCCUCCUUCCCCCCUCCUCCUCCCGAACACAGCUCUUCCCCUCAUCAGCAACCUCGCCUGGCCCUUCCCUCCCUCUCCCUCCCUCUCUCCCUCUCUCUCCUCCUCCUCUCCCUAUUCCUUCUGCCCAUCUGCGAGUCGGCGCGGUCGCCUGGGAGGGGCGGAGCUGGCCAGGGCGGAGGAGCACCAGGAGGUGCACCCGGGACGGGAGGAGCAGGAGGCGAGAAAGGAGGCCAGAGGGGCACAAACCUCAUCCCCCCUCACUACUCCCCUUACUACCCCCCAGUAUCCCCCGCCCGGCCCCCUGUGCCCUUACCUCCCAAAGUGGCCUCCUCUCUUAGCAUCGCCGUCAUCCUGGUGGGAAACUCUAGCGAGGUGUCGUCCACCUACGUGGAGAAAGAGGAGUUCCUCCAUGUUCCCCACCCUACCAAAGUCCAACUGGAGACCAUGAACGACACGGACCCCAAGAGUAUCAUCAACCGCAUCUGCACCCUGAUGACCAACACCUGGCUGCAGGGGGUGGUGUUCGGGGACGACACGGACCAGGAGGCCAUCGCCCAGAUCCUGGACUUCAUCUCUGCCCAGACACACAUCCCCAUCCUGGGCAUCCGAGGAGGCUCCUCCAUGGUCAUGGCUGCCAAGGACGACCACUCCAUGUUCUUCCAGUUUGGCCCGUCCAUAGAGCAGCAGGCCUCCAUCAUGCUGAAGAUCAUGGAGGAAUACGACUGGUACAUCUUCUCCAUCGUCACAACCUACUACCCCGGAUACCAGGACUUUGUCAACAAAAUCCGGAGCACCAUAGAGAACAGUUUUGUGGGCUGGGAGCUAGAAGAAGUCCUCCUGUUGGACAUGUCUGUGGAUGACGGAGACGCUAAGAUUCAGAACCAGAUGAAGAAGCUGCAGAGUCCUGUCUACCUGCUUUACUGCACCAAGGAGGAGGCCUACACCAUCUUUGAGGUGGCAAACUCUGUGGGACUGACGGGAUACGGCUACACCUGGAUCGUACCGUCGCUAGUGGCCGGCGACGCCGAUAAUGUCCCCGCCGUGUUUCCCACAGGGCUUAUUUCGGUGUCGUAUGACGAAUGGGACUACAGUUUAGAGGCUCGGGUGCGGGAUGCAGUGGCUGUCAUCGCCAUGGCGACCUCCACCAUGAUGCUGGACCGGGGGCAACACACGCUGCUCAAGUCAGGCUGCAACGAGACCCCUAACAAGAAGGGCUCCAAACAAAGCAACUCCAAUGAAGUGCUCAAGUAUCUGAUGAACGUGACGUUCGAGGGACGUAACCUGUCGUUCAGUGAGGAUGGAUACCAGAUGCAUCCCAAACUGGUCAUCACCCUGCUAGACAAGCAGAGACGCUGGGACAAGGUGGGUAAGUGGGAGAACAGCUCCCUGUCCAUGAAGUACCAUGUGUGGCCCAGGUUCGAGCUGUUCUCCGAUGGGGAGGCCCGGGAGGACGACCACCUGUCCAUCGUGACGCUGGAGGAGGCUCCCUUUGUCAUCGUGGAGGACGUGGACCCCCUCAGUGGCACCUGCAUGAGGAACACAGUGCCAUGCAGGAAACAGCUUAAAAUACUCAACCAGACAGUACCUGGCCAGUACACCAAGCGCUGCUGUAAAGGUUUCUGCAUCGACAUCCUGAAGAAGAUCGCCAAGCAGGUCAAGUUCACCUAUGACCUCUACCUGGUCACCAACGGAAAGCACGGCAAGAAGAUCAACGGCACCUGGAAUGGAAUGGUCGGGGAGGUGGAGCAGAAGAAGGCCCACAUGGCCGUGGGGUCGCUCACCAUCAACGCGGAGAGGUCCGAGGUCAUUGACUUCUCCGUGCCCUUCAUCGAGACGGGGAUCAGUGUCCUGGUCUCCCGUAGCAACGGCACUGUCUCCCCCUCCGCCUUCCUUGAGCCGUUCAGUGCGGACGUGUGGGUGAUGAUGUUUGUGAUGCUGCUACUUGUGUCGGCAAUUGCUGUGUUUGUGUUUGAGUACUUCAGCCCGGUCGGCUACAACCGCUGCCUGGCAGACGGACGAGAGCCUGGUGGCCCCUCCUUCACCAUCGGCAAGGCCAUCUGGCUGCUGUGGGGCCUGGUUUUCAACAACUCUGUUCCCGUCCAGAACCCUAAAGGCACCACCAGUAAGAUCAUGGUGUCGGUGUGGGCCUUCUUCGCUGUCAUCUUCCUGGCCUCCUACACUGCCAACCUGGCUGCCUUCAUGAUCCAGGAGGAGUAUGUGGAUCAGGUGUCGGGCCUCAGUGACAAUAAGUUCCAAAAACCCAACGCCUUCUCCCCGCCAUUCCGUUUCGGAACGGUGCCCAACGGAAGCACGGAACGGAACAUCCGCAACAAUUACCCGGAGAUGCACCAGUAUAUGACCAGCUUCCACCAGAAGAACGUGAACGAGGCCCUGGCAAGCCUCAAGGGAGGUAAAUUGGAUGCCUUCAUCUACGAUGCUGCUGUGUUGAACUACAUGGCCGGGAGGGACGAGGGCUGUAAACUGGUGACCAUCGGCAGCGGGAAGGUGUUCGCCACCACCGGUUACGGCAUCGCCAUCCAGAAGGACUCUGGCUGGAAGAGAGCAGUGGACCUGGCCAUCCUCAUGCUGUUCGGCGAUGGAGAGAUGGAGGAGCUGGAGGCUCUGUGGCUGACGGGGAUCUGCCACAACGAGAAGAACGAGGUGAUGAGCAGCCAGCUGGACGUGGACAACAUGGCAGGUGUCUUCUACAUGCUGGGGGCGGCCAUGGCUCUGUCGCUCAUCACCUUCAUUGCCGAGCACGCCUUCUACUGGCAACUGCGCUUCUGCUUCAUGGGCUACUGCACCGGCAAGCCAGGCUUUACCUUCUCCAUCAGCAGGGGCAUCUGGAGUUGUAUCCACGGGGUCCAGAUCGAGGAGAACAAGUCGGCCAUGGACUCUCCAUCGGCCACCAUGAACAUGAACAUGAACAACACCCACUCCAACAUCCUGCGACUGCUCCGCACAGCCAAGGACAUGACCGCCAUCCCGGGGGUCAACGGCUCGCCGCACACACAUGGCGCCCUGGAAUACGGUGGCCACCACCGUGGCGAGUCGCCCAGCAUCUACGACGUCUCCGAGCACCGGCGCAGCUUGCAAGAGCGCAAGGCCCCGCCGCCGCCCUACCUGCCUGAGGACAACAUGUUCAGCGACUACAUCAGCGAGGUGGAGAGGACUUUUGGCAACUUGCCCCUGAAGGACAACAACCUGUACCAGGACCAUUACCUGCACCACCACUCAGGUCCGGGACCUGGGCUGGCUCUGGGUAUGUCCGGCCCCCCGCCUAACAGGCCGAGUAGCUUAGGCAGUACCAGUUCAUUGGAGGGAGGGAUGUUUGAUUGUGACAGUUUAGGGGGAGGGGUAGCUCCCAUAUUCACCACACAGCCCCGCGUUGCCUCCCUGACUCACAGGAACACCAAUAAGUUUGACCUGAUCGCCGGCCACGCCUCGGCCUCAGGCUCUGGUCAGCAGGGGGGUCAGUUCAAGUCGAACGACCUCUACGGGAGGUUCUCCUUCAAAGGCGGGGCGUCCAGUUCUGGCUUUAUCGACAGGGGUGGUCACGACAGAUACUGCAUGGGUGGAGGAGGAGGGGGUGGCGGGGGCUCGGGGGGCGAUGAUGUGUCGGAUAUCUCCUCACACACCAUCACCUACGGCAAUCUGGAGGGCAACGCCAAGAGGCGUAAACAGUACAGGGACAGCUUGAAAAAGAGGCCCGCCUCAGCCAAAUCCAGACGGGAGCAGGACGAGAUUGAUUACCGGAGGCGAGCCCACCACCAUCACACCGUCCACCACCACUUCUCCCGCGGGCCCCUGGGACACCGCUCGGCCUCCCCACCCCUGGUCCCCUCUGAGCGGAAGAGAGGAGGUGGAGGAGGAGGGGGUAACUCUUCACCUUACUUAUUCCGCGACAAAGAAAAUCUGAGGGAGUUCUAUGCAGAGCAGGUCCUUUCCAAGGAGGGCUCUGCCAAGUGGGAGCAUGUGGAUGUGGCCGACGGGCCUUGUCCGAUGGGCGGUAGGGGAGGAGUCGCUGGCGGUAGUAGUGGUAGUGGCAUUUGUAAGAGCCUAGUGCCUGUGGAGGAUUUCCUGAAAGGUAACAAACCCAAGAAGUCAGAGGGUAAAAGUGGCGUAGUCGGAGGAAUGGGCUUGGGGACGUCAGGGCAACAGGCCCACACGUGUUGGGAGAAGAACAUGUCUGAAGUGGGGGGUGGAGGCAUAGCAGGGGGUGACUGGGAGUGUCGGAAUCACAGUGGUGGUGGUGGCGGGGGAGGAGGGGGUGGGGGCGCUAGUGCUGGAGGGGGAAAUAGUCGUCCAAGCUCUGCUACUUGCAAACGGUGCGAGUCGUGUAAGAAACCAGGCAACCUGUAUGACAUCAGUGAAGAUAACCUCAUAUUUAGCCAGAUGGGGGGUGGAGGGGGGAAGAGUGGUGACGCGGGGGGUGCUGGCCAAUCACAAAGUCAUGCACAGCGCAGGAAGCUAGGGCCAGGUGGGCGGGUGUUACGGAGACAACACUCCUACGACACGUUUGUGGAUUUGCAGAAGGGUGGGGGUGGCGGACGCAUGGGCGGGGGUGGAGGAGGAGGUGGAGGAGGAGGAGGGGGAGGGGGGCAGCUCCUCCCACCCAGAAGUGUGAGCUUGAAAGACAAAGACCGCUACAUGGAGGGAGUUAGCCCGUACGCCCAAAUGUUUGCCCAGUACGCGGAGAGGGACAGAGAUAGUCCCUCCUUUUUCAGUCGGGGAGGUAGUGAGCGGGAGAGGGCGAAAGGAGGCUCCUCCUUCAAUUUGUUCCGAGGCGAACGAGGAGAAGGUGGGUUGCACCGUCGGUCGGUGGGGGAGAAAGACAUGAGGGACAGGGAUAGAAGAAUGAUGGGAGGUGGAGGUGGUGGUGGCGGUAGUGGCAAAUGGGCCGGGACUUACUCCUUGUCUAAAUCUCUCUACCCAGAUAAGGUGACCCAGAACCCCUUCAUCCCAACCUUCGGCGACGACCAGUGUCUAUUACAUGGCGGCAAACCGUACUACGUCAAAAUGUCUCCACAGCAACAGCAACAACCGCCACAGCAUCUCCUCAACAACAGCCGCGGGGACUUCCGAGGCUCCAUGGGGGUGCCUUCAUAUUUUCCGGCGUCAGCCACGACGGGGGUCAUGUCCAACGUGACCCCCAGGUUCCCCAAUGAUCUGUGUCUCGGGGGAGGGUUGGGGGGCCCCAUGGGGAACCACCAUGGCCCCAGACUGGGAGGCAACAAGCUACUGCCGGUCAGGGACGGGGGGUUAGGGUUGGUGGGGCAGGGCGGCCAGACACCCUUCAAUGGCUCGAGCAACGGCCACGUUUACGAGAAGCUCUCCAGCAUCGAGUCUGACGUCUGAAAGAAAGAGAUGGAGCUAGAGAACAGGAUAAUUGCUUCUCCGUCCGAGGAGAACGAAUAGACGCUACAUUGUGUACAUCGUUCUCAUAUUUCUAACUGAGGAAGGUUAGUUGGACAAUGGACACUGCAGACAGAGUGAAGGAGAGUGAAGGAACUGUCAAGUGUAACAGAAAGCGACACGACUUCUAAUGAGGAAAUGAACGGAUUCUGCUGCUUGACUCUGAGACUGUGAGGGAGGAGGAGAGAAAUCUCUCCUCCGUUUCUCCUCUCCUUCUUCACUCCCUCUUCUAUCUUUCCCUCUCUUCCGCUCGCCUGCUGUUCCUUACACCAAAACUAACGUUUUGCUUAGCUAUCAGAAAUACAAUCAAAUGAAUGAAAAAUCUAAUACUUUUCUUGAAGUAACAGGGUAAACUAACAAUAAUUGUAUUGAUAAUGUUGUUAAUGAUAUUAUUGAAUAUAAUUAAAUGGUUUAACGUGUUCAGUUUGGGCUCGUUUCUUUUUCUUUUCUUGUUUUUAUACUUCAUGUUGUUAUAUAUUUGUACUGUUGUUAAUUAUUUGCAUAUUACAGGAGACUAAUAGACUAUUUGUUAGGAAGAAAUGUUACUUAAGUACCAAUACUUGUAGGUCAUUCAGAUUUCUUCUUAAUUCUUGAUUAUCCAUAUUUUCUGUUUUUGGAGUGCUGUGCAAAAGUAUACUGUAUGUGAAAGGCAUGAUUUGCUGAGUACAUUUUCCAUAUAUUUGACAUCUUAUAGUGAAGGAGAAAGUACUUAUGUGGCAUCAUACUGGUUUGCCGUUUAGAUUUCUUGUUUUGCCUGGCAGUACGUCGGGAGUAGUGGUGAUCUCAGAUACCGAGCGGGAUGUGCCUUACUGAAUCCACUACAAUCAUAAAGAUAUGAAGACUCCUCCUCCUAUCGGUAGAAAGGGUGUUCAUUCUGUAGACCCUUCAGUUAUUAACUAGUAAUUCAUAAAGUGGUUAUCAUGUUCGCUGAGAAUCCGCUUAGCUGAGAUUUUGCUUUAAACGAGAUCCACCCACCUGAAAGGAGAGAUAGUUGCAUCAUGGAAGAUUUCGUUUUCUGCUCGUUUCACUCGGGUGCUAGUCAAGAGGCUCUUAUCUCACCCUUUAGCUUUCCAUAAAUCAUUUGAUUUAAUAUUUUAAAUACCAACAUAUCACAAGUCCCCCUUAUAUACCCAAAAUGUAAACUAUCAAUUACACUUAUUCUAAUUUUCGUAUUGUUUUUUAAAAAACUUUUUACUUGGCAUAGAUGCAGUAUUUGCUAAAUAUAUGUAAUUCCCCUUGAAUGCCUAAAUGUUGCUGGGAAGUGAAUCAAUGGAGUUGGUUUCAAUUGGACUUGACAGUUUUCUACUUUUAAGAUCUGGUCUUGAUGGAAUGUUGGACCAUGGUCUGGGAAUGGAGAGACGGACAGCAGGACGUGUUAGUUAUUUCAUUUUGUAUUAAGGCAGUAUGCUGUUGCUGCUAUAUCAUCCAGACACAUUUAUUAGAAGGGGGGUGGGUGGGGAGUGGUGUGCUGUGAACACAGGGAGGAAAGAAAGUUUCAGUUGGUUUAUUCAUUUACUUUCAUCCAAUCACUGUACUGUUACUGUACUGUAUACUGUAUGUCUCUCCUUAAUUCACGUCAAGGACUUGAUCAAACCGCUAAUCAUGUUUGACUUACUUAGAAUGUGUUAGAAUUUCUGAGAUAAUUCAGAUAUCACUAAAGGUGGUCACUUGAUAUGGGGAUUGGGGAGAAUAAUCACUAUUUCACUAUUUGUUAGCUUUUUUUCUUUCCUUGUGAAUACCAACACUAAUCAAUCACUUUAUACAGGCCACACAAGACAGUCUGGAUGUAACAUUCAGUAAAUCUCAGUAAACUUUCAACAUUUUUCCGAAGAUGAUUAUGGAAUGUUUUGGCAACUUCCAUCAAUGGCUUGAUGCAUAAGAAGGAUAAAAGGACAAUAACGUUUGUAAAGAUUGAGUACUUGACCAGGGCAUGAUUACCAUUAGCCUAGUAUUAGCAAGAAUUCUUCAUCUCUGCAUUUAAAAUAAAACCUUAUUUGAAUAAUUCUGUAUAUUUCAACCAGAACAACCACUUUUUAUCUAUCAGGGCAAAUCUCUUAUGAAUUUACAAAUGUGAUUGAAGGCACUGGACAGUAUUUUCCUUUUGGAAAAUAGUCCUCACAACUGUCCUGGAAGGUACUUGGUGGAAGGUGGAGAAAAGCAAACCGAUGCCAUGAUUAAAAUUAAAGAAAAAAAAAACGUUGAAUCUCCACAUAGUGUGGAAAGUAACGUUUUCCCCCCUAUUCUAUAAGCAUUGAGUCCAGUGGUUUGUUUAUCAUGCCUUUGCCAAUGUCUCUGGGUCGCUUCCAUCAAUGACAACCUCAUGUCCAUGGAAGAUGACCUCAAAGCCACAACGUAUCACAGACAGAUAUCCAGGUCCACGCUGUAUUUGUGUUCACCUCCAUGUAAUUGUUGUAAUAUACAAUUUAGGACCCCCCCCAUAUCUUCAUUUUAUUUAUUCUAUUUAUUAAUUACUUUAAGUUAUAGCUGUCUGAAAUAUUACAUUGCUAAGUGAUUUGUCAUUUUACCAAACCAAAUUGUACGAUCUAAGCACAAUCAGUGUUAUUGAUUAGUUGAUCAAUACUUGUACAUCCCUAUUGACACUUGGAAAGAUUUUUCCUUCUUUCAUGACUGACAAGUCAGUGUGUCUGAUAUUGAGUCAGUGUGUCUGAUAUUGAGUCAGUGUGUCUGAUAUUGAGUCAGUGUGUCUGAUAUUGAGUCAGUGUAUAAGGACAUGUGUUCGUAAGGACAUGCAUGCAUCAGUGGAAUUGUUUCAUAUCCCUUUUUUACUUAGACUCUAUUUUAUCCCAAAAGUGGGUGUUUGGGAAUGAUAUCUGGACUUUUUAAUCAAUUUAAUUUAUUCUGAUCCUUGUUGGUGUGUGUUUGUCUCUGUAAAAAGACAAAUAGAAUUUUGCUCUCGAAAUUGUCGUUAUUUUAGUCAAAUUCAGUCAACAGAAUUGUCAAUAGGAAUAAUUGCUAUGACAAAAAUAGUUUCAACAGAUUUAUUAUGGGAACCAGGAGAAGUUUAAGAAGAGAAGUUCAGGCUUCUCUGCUCCUCUUGAUGUUUGGUUGUAAAUGCCUGUGAAUGAGGUGAAGGUAUUGCUAUUAUUAAAUGCCUGUGAAUGAGGUGAAGGUAUUGCUAUUAUUAAAUGCCUGUGAAUGAGGUGAAGGUAUUGGUAUUAUUAAAUGCCUGUGAAUGAGGUGAAGGUAUUGGUAUUAUUAAAUGCCUGUGAAUUAGGUGAAGGUAUUGGCAUUAUUAAAUGCCUGUGAAUGAGGUGAAGGUAUUGGUUUUAUUAAAUGCCUGUGAAUGAGGUGAAGGUAUUGGCAUUAAUAAAUGCCUGUGAAUGAGGUGAAGGUAUUGGCAUUAUUAAAUGCCUGUGAAUGAGGUGAAGGUAUUGGCAUUAUUAAAUGCCUGUGAAUGAGGUGAAGGUAUUGCUAUUAUUAAAUGCCUGUGAAUGAGGUGAAGGUAUUGGUAUUAUUAAAUGCCUGUGAAUUAGGUGAAGGUAUUGGCAUUAUUAAAUGCCUGUGAAAUUAGGUGAAGGUAUUGGCAUUAUUAAAUGCCUGUGAAUGAGGUGAAGGUAUUGGCAUUAAUAAAUGCCUGUGAAUGAGGUGAAGGUAUUGGCAUUAUUAAAUGCCUGUGAAUGAGGUGAAGGUAUUGGCAUUAUUAAAUGCCUGUGAAUGAGGUGAAGGUAUUGGCAUUAUUAAAUGCCUGUGAAUGAGGUGAAGGUAUUGGCAUUAUUAAAUGCCUGUGAAUGAGGUGAAGGUAUUGGCAUUAUUAAAUGCCUGUGUAUUGGUAUAACGUUUUUAUGAAGUGAUGAACCAGCUUUGAUUUUCAAUGUAUUUGCUUGUAUUUUCCCUACAACCUCUCUUUCUUCAGGAAGUUGCUUUACCCCUCUCUCUCUCUCUCUCUCUCUCUCUCUCUCUCUCUCUUUCUCUCUCUCUCUAUUUCUCUCUCUCUCUCUCUUUUUCUUUCUUUCUUUCUUCUUUCUUUCUUUCUUUCUUUCUUUCUUUCUUUCUUUCUUUCUUUCUUUCUUUCUUUCUUUCUUUCUUUCUUUCUUUCUUUCUUUCUUUCUUUCUGUUGUUGUAUGUGCCUCAGUACAGUACAUGCGCUUGAUUACCUCUGUGUGUGUGUGUGUGUGUGUGUGUGUGUGUGUGUGUGUGUGUGUGUGUGUGUGUGUGUGUGUGUGUGUGUGUGUGUGUGUGUGUGUGUGUGUGUGUGUGUGUGCGCGUGCGCAUGCGCAUGUGUGCGUGCGUGCGUGUGUGGAAAAGAAAGCGCGAAAGAGAGAACUGUUGACUGAUGUUCUGCAUUGUAGUGCUGUAUGUAAAUAACUUACCUCCCUCUAGCAGACUUUUAAUAAAAGUGUACAAAAUGGCUGAAAGUAAGAACCUUUUGGGUGACAUCUUUCAUUUGAAGGUUCCCUGCUAAAAUUGUUUUAUAAAAAAUUAAAGGCCACAUACAGUGCCUUGCGAAAGUAUUCGGCCCCCUUGAACUUUGCGACCUUUUGCCACA